UUUUCCCGAGAUCUCUAGUGGUUUUUCUAUUUUCCCUCUCUUCAUCUGGGUUCAAAAAUUUUGUCAACAAAAAUGUUUACAAUCUCUGUGUUGCAUAUUUCUGAUUGUCUAAUUUUGAUAAAAUAAAGCUACUUCAUUUUCCGUUUUGUGGUAAUUCAAUUGCAGUUGACAUGUCAAAUAUAAAGAAAAUCCCAGUACCAGGUCGUUCUGCCGGAGAUGGCAUGGAAAAUUGUUCUCCUAAUUCUGAGUUUAAGACUAAGAACUGGGCUAAUAAUCACAAACAAGUUUCUUUUAUCAGUUCCAUCCCUUCUCCUGGAAAGUUAAAAGAGCCUAAAUUUAUUCCUUAUGAACCAUAUAAAGCAGCUGUUUUACCUAUCGUUCCCUCUUCCACUAUGAAAGAUAACCACAAUGCCUCAAAAUUAGUGAUAGACUCUCAAAAAGUUAGUGCUCUUGCAUCUAGCAUUAUAGAAUUAUAUUCUAAUGUAGAAAACAAAGACAUUUCAUCCAACCUUUCAGAAAAUCAAAAAUGUACUAUGGAUUGCCAUGUUAAACUAAAAGCUCUUGAAGAAAAGAUCAAAUUGUUGGAAAAAGAAAACAAAGAGCUAAAUGCCCAAUACCAAGUCCAAACUGAGGUUAAUGCUGAUUUGAAAAAAAUGUUAGUAGCAUCACUUGGUGAAGAUGUUCAGUGUAAAGUUCAGUACAUGACACAAGACAAAGUUCACUUAGGCAAAGAAGUUCUUCAGCUUUCUGAUGAAUUGGAACAAAGCAAAGAGGAAGUCGAAAAACUAUCUGCGCUAUGCAAUGUGUGGGAAAGUAAAUUCAAGGCUAGUAGUUUGAUGGUUAAAGAGCUUGCUCAGUGGAAGGCUUCAUUAUCCCAUAAACUGAAUGAUUCAAUAGCAGCUCUUGACUCAAUGCUGCGGGAACAUGAUAUUUUGUUUAAGCAGCUACACACCACUCACAUCAUAUUGGAACAAACUCUUGAUGCUUUUGAUCCCAGUGCCAAACAAACUUAUAAAAAUCAUGAUCAAUCACUAAGUGUCUUAGAAUUAGCUGUAGAACUAAAGAGCUUAUCCUCCAAAAUUCAAGAAAGGCUUAUUGGCAAACAAAUUUUUGAUAAUAAAUCUACAGUUAGUGGCCUGCGACAGUUUACUAAUGCUGAACUAUUAGUUUAUGAUUUAUUCAGCAAUUUUGAAAGACUGUCUUCUAAAGAUGUACCUUUUAACAAAAAUACAAUUAAAGAUGCUGGAUUGACAGCAUGUCAUGUCUUACCUCAUCAAUGUGCAAAUGAUGCAAAUGUUAGAUAUUGCAAGCAUUGUAGUGGUGAAGUAGAAAUAAUAUAAAACUCUUUUUGUAUUUUAAAAAAAAACUUAAUUGGAAAUAUGUGGCUCCAAAUAUGUGGCCCAAGAGGAGCAAUCUAUAACUUUAAGCUUGAUUAUAAUUUUUAGCUCAUAAUAUUACAUCCAUUUUAAAUAAUAUAUUAUAUUUUCUAUGGUCUUGCUGAACAAGACUAAUCUGAAGAAAUAAAAUUUGCUAUUCUAAAAUUUUGGAAAUUCUUCAUUAUCUGAUGUUUAAAAAAUUUUAUUUGUUUGUAUACAUAUUUCUUACCUUGUUCUAUCAUCUUUUAUAAAAACUUGUGUAGAAAGGUGAAAUUGUCAACCACCUUCCUAAUGUCAUCAACCUAUUUCCCUUUUUUUUUAUUUGGACAAUAUGGCAGUAGUUAAUCUGAUUUAUUUUAUGAACUUUUAUUUCUAUCUCCUUAUUUAAAAUCUGCCUUAUGUGUCAUUUGUCAAUUUUCUUGUUUUUAAUUUGCAAAAUGUUCAAUUUAUUUCUUCAAAUUUGAAUGCAGUAGUAUUUAUAAAACUGUGCAAUAAUUUUCAUUUGUGUAGAAUCGUUAGUAUUUUUUUAGUUAUUUAGAAUUUUUUUCUAAGUAUUAAAAUUUAUCUUGCUCUUUUGUAAUAUUUCAGUAUGCCUAUAAUGCUUAUACUUUAGUAUUUGGUUGUAUUUUAUUUGACAAUAAUACUAUAGAUACGUUAAAUAUACUACUGAGGCUAUGUUGAAAUAUGUGUAUAUUUGUAAUUUUGUUUUGUGCAUUAAUUUUUUCUCUUGAUUUACGUAUUUAAUUUUAUUUAUCGAACAAAUGUUUAGCUAAGUGAUUUUUAUAUUUAGCUGAGUUUUGUAAAUGGAUUUCUUUUCUGUUCCAUCAAUACAAUGAAGUUAUAUAAGAGUGGUUAAAUAAUAUUUUACUGCUAAUUAGUUGUCAAAAAUAAAAAAAACUUUCUUCACAAUUAUGAUAAUAAUUAAUUGUUCAACUUGUGUUAUAUAGUUGAUGUAAACAUAUUUCUUUUAAAUUUAUUUUUUUCUCUAGUUUGGAAAAUAGAAAAUUGAUUUUAGAAGCACUCAUACAAAAUAAUUAUUAAAUAUACUCUGCUGGGCUGCCUCCCUGGCUCUCGAAAAAUCUUUUAAGAAGUAAUAAAACGGGAGGAAAAUGUAGGUGUUUUGAUUAAAAGAAAAUCUAUAUUGAUAACCAACUCUACUGGAUUUUGCCAGUUUAUCCUGGUCUAAUGGUUUAGUUAAAGUUCUCCUGGUUUUUGUACAUUUUUGAAAAUUCCCAAAAUUGAGUAAGUUUCCUAAAAAAAAUCCUAUUGAAAUAGAAUUUUUACAGAUUAUUGCUUGAAAAUUUAAAUAAGUAUUGCUAAUACAUAAUGAAGCGAAUCUCAUUUAUAGAAAUCAGUCCAAAACUUUUUUUUGUUCUAAAUGUUCUGUUUAUUUUUAUUCAAAGCUCUCUUCUUAAAUUAAUUCAAAAAAUCUUAACUAUCCUUGAUGAAUUAAAUGCCUAUUAAUAUUUGAAAUUAUGAGUAAGCAUAAUACAUAACAUUUCAAGUAUGUUUAAUGUCAAUCAUAACUGGAAAAUAUUGCAGUUUUUCUAUUUUGAUGACUAUUAAAUUCCUUGUGUGUGAAAUAUUUGUUAUGCAACAAUUGACAUGGAAUUUAUGUUAUUUCGUUAUAUCUGCUGGAUUUUUUCCUAUCCAUGUUGGCAGUUAUGUUGAGUAGAAAUUCCUGUGAAUCUGUAUUAUGAAAAACAAUGUGGACAAAUGAGACUUUUAAAAAAUGUUUUAUUUAAUUAAUUUAAAGUAGAAAUCAGAAAUUAAAAUUCGUCUUAAAAUGUCUUAUCUUACUUCAAAAUUACACAAAUAAAUCAGGGAUAAAUUCUCUUUCAUUUGGUAUUAAUAAGCAUUUGAAGCCGUUUUGGCACAUAUAUUUAGACCCGUAUAUUUACCAAAUUUUCCUUUAAUUCUUUAACUGUCUUCUUUCUUGAUUUUUCAAGUACAUUAUUCCCCACAAAUUCUCUGAGAUCAGGAGAUGAAGCAGGCCACUAAAAUAUUUAUUCCAUUAUCUUAAUACCAUUUUGUGGUUUGUUUUGAAAUUGGGGGACUAGGAUUGUUUUGUUGUAACAAAAAGCUAUCAGAGUAAAGUGUUUCUAUAGUGGAACUUUUGAUAAUUAUUCAGAACUCCAAUGAUCAUUCUGCGCUUUAUCAUUUGCUGAGAAAAUGAGAGGUCCUUCUGGUCAUCUUUAAGUUCCUUUUUAGGCUAUUUCCUCAUUGGAAAAAUUGUAACUCUGUUCUUUUAAGUCAUUUCUACUAGUUUUUGGACAUCAUGAAUACCCACACUAAUCAAAGUUUCAAGUUUCUUUCUAUCUUUUUCUGGCUUGGACGCAAUUUUUCAUUCCAAUCAAAUUUUGAAAAUGAGAUAUGAAUUUUUUUUAAAAAAAAUGUGACAAGAAUCACUGAAAUUGCAAAACUUUAAAUGUUUAAAUUUUUUCUCUCCAUAUUGUAUUCUUCUUUUUGUCAUCAGCAACGAAGAAUUGAAAUAUCAAACAAGUAAAAAGUCAUAAGAAUGUAGAUGAAAACAUCCUAUAUGUCUUUUAUAUCCCAUCAUUUGAAUUCACAUGUUCGUGUGACGUUUCACAUGUUUCUCAAUGAUUACAAGACGUUGAAACAAAUGAGAUAUAAUUUGGUCAAAAAUAAAAGGUUCAAAGCAAACAGUUUAUGUGAAGAAUUUAGUGGUAUAUUUAGAGCGAUAUGAUCUAGAGCUUUAUAUUUAUUACAUUGCUUAAAAUUUUAUAUGUUUGCUUCUGAAACCAUUUCAUAUGUUGCGAGUUAAAAUAAGGCUAAACAAUUUGUAAUUUUUUUAUAAUAUUGUGCUUUGUAUGCAUUAGAACGUGUUAAUGAUAACAUCAGUUUUGUACAUUUUUUCUUUAAAAGUUUUCAGUCAUUUUUUUCCACAUUAUUUACACAUAUAGAAUUUACCUCUUUAAUUAAAAUAUGUGCAAUGAAAUUUUUUGUUUCAAACUUAUAAUAUUACUGGCUAGUCCUUAAUUUCCGUAGCUAGAAAAAUGACUUUUUAAAUUUAAAAGUGAAGUUUUAUUUAGAUUAUUUUAGAGCAAAAUUAUUACUAAGGUGCAUCCAUGGAAGGGUUUUUUACUCAUAAACAGAAACCAUGUGUUGAAAUUUGAUGUGUAGAAAUUGUAACUAUUCCUAUUUUUCUAAGGUAAAUGCAUCCGUAGUAAGCAUUGAAUUGCAUUCAUGAUGUAAAUUUAAAUUAUAUUUUAUAAUAUACAAUGCAUAAUAAAAUAUUUUCUUAUA